GGAAAAUAACCAAAUAUGUGGAUACCUACAGAAGAGGAGAAAAUCGGAGUUGUGAUCUGCAACUUCCGGUCAUCAAUAUGUCAGGCCCUGGUCCUGGAGAUUGGGGAAACUGUGCAGAUUUUGGAGAAGAGUGAAGGUUGGUACAGAGGCUUUUCCUCCAAGAAGCCUUCUAUCAAGGGUAUUUUCCCAGUCAGCUAUGUCCACUUGAAGAAAUCCACAGUGACCAACAGAGGGCUGUGCGAGACGGUGGUGCCCCUUGAGGACCCUAUUAUCACAGAGACCACCUCCACACUGCAGGAAUGGGGGAUAUUGUGGAAGCAGCUCUAUGUGAAACACAAGGUGGAUCUAUUUCAUAAGCUGCGUCAUGUGAUGAAUGAACUCAUCGACCUGCGUCGGCAGCUGAUCCAGGGUCACCUCGCCCAGGACCAGACUCGUGAGAUCAAGCGGCACAUCACUGUACGGCUUGACUGGGGCAAUGAACACCUUGGCUUAGACCUUGUUCCCAGAAAAGAGUUUGAAAUGGUGGAUCCAGAUCAGAUCAGCAUAUCAGAACUACACAAACUGCAUAUAUCCAGCAGACACUGUGGUCAGCAAAGCACAAACCAGAGUGAUAACACGAGACAGCGCCAUGGUGACGGUUGCCGUGUCCCUGUGUCGCACCACCUCUUCAUUAAUCUGAAGAGCUUUACUUACAACAGCAUCAGCGAGGAUGCAGACGUCUUCUUUUUUCUGUAUGACACUCGCGAGGCCAAACAGAUCAGUGAGAAGUUCAUGGUGAAACUGAACAAAAAUGGAGGACCAAAGAAUCCAGAGAAGGUUGAUCGUCUGUGUGCUCUCUUCACGGACCUGAGCAGUAAAGACUUGAAGAGAGACCUGUACAUUGUUGCACAUGUCAUAAGAACUGGUCGUAUGCUGCUGAAUGACUCAAAGAAAGGCCCACCUCAUGUGCAGUACAGAAGACCUUAUGGCUGCGCUGUACUUGCCAUGAGUGAUGUUUUCCACACCAUCACAGACCUCAAAGAGGAGAAGGACUUUGUGCUCAAAGUUUACACAUGUAACAAUGAGAACGAGUGGUACCAGAUACAGGAGAACAUCAUUCGCAAGUCCAACACAAAGUACUCCGCUCCCAGUACCAACUAUGGCCUCAUCAUUUCCCUGCAGCUGCUGCGGGGUGAGCUGGAGCAGAUCAGACGGGAGAACCAGGCUGUGUUCAACAGGGCCCUGGCACUCACACGCAAACUGGGUUUCCCAGAUGUCAUCCUGCCAGGUGACAUACGCAAUGACCUGUACCUGACCCUGGAGCGGGGGGAGUUUGAGAGGGGCGGCAAGAGCGUCCAGAAGAACAUCGAAGUCACGCUCUAUGUGCUUUAUGCCGACGGGGACACACUCAAAGACUGCAUCAGUUUGGGCAGUGGGGAGCCCAACACAAGUGAAUAUCGCUCUUUUGUCCUUUACCACAACAACAGCCCUCGCUGGAGUGAGAUGGUCAAGCUUCCCAUUCCCAUAGAUCGUUUCAGAGGAUCCCACCUACGCCUUGAGUUCAGACACUGCUCCACUAAAGACAAAGGAGAGAAAAAACUGUUUGGUUUUGCUUUCACUCCUCUGAUGAGAGAAGAUGGGACCACACUGUCAGAUGAAAGCCAUGAGCUAUAUGUGUACAAGUGUGAUGAAAAUGCUACCUUCAGUAACCAGGGCCUGUACCUGAGUCUGCCCUGUUGUAAAGAGGACUUCAACAGCUGCCCCAAUCUACCGGCCAACUUGCCCUUCCAGAGAAGCCCCAAAGAAACCUUCUGGGUCUCAACGAUACUCUGCUCCACCAAACUCACACAAAAUGUGGACCUUCUGGCUCUUCUGAACUGGAAGGCCCAUCCAGACAGGGUGUUGGACAUCCUCGGUCGAUUACGUCAGAUUAGUGGAGAGGAGAUUGUCAAGUUCUUACGAGAUGUCCUGGAUACGCUCUUCUGUCUUUUAGAUGAUAACACUGAUAAAUACGGACCGCUGGUUUUCCAGUCACUGGUGUUCAUCAUUAACCUGCUCAGGGACAGCCGUUUCUACCACUUCAGACCUGUCAUGGACUCCUACAUCCAAAACCACUUUGCGGGAGCUUUGGCAUACAAAGAGCUGAUUCGAUGUCUGAAGUGGUACAUGGACCGCUCAGCUGAGGUCGUCCGACAGGACCACAUCCAGGAAGCCAUGAGGGCUCUGGAGUACCUGUUCAAGUUCAUCGUCCAGUCUCGUAUCCUGUACUCAAGAGCCACCUGCGGGAUGGAGGAGGAGCAGUUCAGAGCCAGCAUCCAAGAGCUCUUCCAGUCCAUCCGCUUCGUCCUGAGUCUGGACAGCCGCAGCUCAGAGAACCUGGUGUUCACGCAGGCAGCACUGUUGAACAGUUUCCCUGAUAUCUUUGAUGAGCUGCUGCAGAUGUUCACCGUUCAGGAGGUAGCCGAAUACGUCAGGGGCACCCUAGGGAGCAUGCCCAGCACUGUGGACAUUGGCCAGUCUAUGGAUGUAGUCAAACUGCAGUCCAUUGCUCGUACGGUUGAGAGCCGCCUCUUCUUCUUUCCUGAGUCUCGUAGUAUUCUGUUGCCGGUGGUUCUGCAUCACAUCCACCUGCAUCUGCGCCAGCAGAGGGAGCUGCUCAUCUGUUCUGGGAUCCUUGGCAGCAUCUUUUCCAUAAUUAAGACUAGCUCGAUGGAGUCUUCUGUUCAGGAGGAAGUGGAGAUGAUGGUGGAGAGCCUUCUGGAUGUGCUGCUGCAGACUCUGCUGUCCAUCAUGAGCAAGUCUCACUCUGUGGAGACGUCCAGAGGACAACGCUGUCCCCAGUGCACUGCCGAGAUAACGGGGGAAUAUGUUUCCUGUCUUCUCUCUCUGCUCCGGCAGAUGACAGAGAUCCACUUUCACCAUCUACUCAACAACUUCCAUAGCAAAGAGGAGCUGAAGGAGUUCCUUUUGAAGAUCUUCUGCGUGUUCCGCAAUCUGAUGAAACUGACUAUCUUCCCCCGAGACUGGAGCGUCAUGAGGCUUCUAACUAGUCAUAUCAUUGUAGUGACAACACAGUUCCUGUCUCCGGCGCUGCACAAGAACUUCUCAGAGGCAGAUUUUGAUUUCAAGGUGUGGAACUCCUUUUUCAGCCUCACUGUACUUUACAUCAACCAGCCCAGUCUGCAGCUGGAGGCGCUCGGCGCGGCAAAGAGAAAGAAAGUCCUGGACAAGCAUGGAGAUAUGAGAGUGAUGAUGGCUUAUGAGCUCUUCAGCAUGUGGCAAAAAUUAGGUGACAACAAGCCCCACUUCAUCCCAGGAAUGAUGGGUCCCUUCCUUGGCGUCACACUGGUGCCUCAGACCGAGGUUCGAAAUAUCAUGAUUCCAAUUUUCCAUGACAUGAUGGAUUGGGAGCAGAGGAAAAACGGCAACUUCAAACAGGUGGAAGCAGAGCUGAUGGAUAAGCUGGACAGCAUGGUGUCGGAUGGGAAAGGCGAUGAUAAUCACAGAGAGCUCUUCAGCCUUUUGACCCAGCUGUUUGGUCCUUAUCCAAGCCUGCUGGAGAAGAUAGAGCAGGAGACCUGGAGAGAGACCGGGAUCUCAUUCGUCACAUCAGUCACAAGACUUGUUGAGCGAUUACUGGAUUACAGGGACUGCAUGAAAGGAGAUGAGAUGGAGAACAAGAAAAUUGGUGGUUCUGUCAACCUCAUGAACUUCUACAAAUCAGAGGUCAACAAGGAGGACAUGUACAUCCGUUACAUCCACAAGCUGUGUGACCUGCAUCUCCAUGCGGAGGACUACACAGAGGCAGCGUUUACCUUGCUGCUGUACUGGGAGCUGCUGCAGUGGGAGGACCGGCCCCUCAGGGAUUUCCUCCACUACCCCUGUCAGAGUGAGUGGCAACGUAAGGAGAACCUGAGUCGUAAGAUCCUCCACUACUUCAACAAGGGCAAGUGCUGGGAAUAUGGAAUCUCUCUCUGCCGGGAGCUGGCUUUCCAGUACGAGACUUUAUACGAUUAUCAGAGCCUCAGCUGGAUACGGAAAAUGGAGGCAGCAUAUUAUGACAACAUCAUUGAGCAGCAAAGGAUUGAGCCGGAGUUCUUCAGAAUGGGCUUCUAUGGCAGGAAGUUUCCUUUCUUCCUCAGGAACAAGGAGUUUGUCUGUCGGGGUUAUGACUAUGAACGGCUCGAGGACUUCCAGCAAAGGAUGCUGGGGGAAUUUCCACAAGCCAUUGCCAUGCAGCAUCCCAACCAACCUGACGACACCAUCCUGCAGAGCGACGCUCAGUACUUGCAGAUCUAUGCGGUGACUCCAGUGUCAGACAUCUCUGAUGUGCCUCAACUGGAGCGUGUGCCCGAGAGGAUCAAGAGCUUCUACCGCAUAAACAAUGUCAGCCGCUUCCACUAUGACAGGCCUUUUCACAAGGGGCCCAAGGACCGCGAAAAUGAGUUCAGGAGUCUGUGGAUUGAGAGAACAACCCUGAUCCUCUCUCGUCCUCUCCCCGGGAUCUCCCGCUGGGCGGAGGUGGAAAGGAGAGAAGUGAUGGAGGUGAGCCCUCUGGAGAAUGCCAUUUAUGUGGUGGAGAAUAAAACCCAGGAGCUGCGGACUCUGAUCAGCCAGUACCAACACAGACAGCAUCAUGGCAACAUCAACCCACUCAGCAUGUGCCUAAACGGGGUCAUAGAUGCUGCUGUGAACGGAGGCAUCGCCAGAUAUCAGGAGGCCUUCUUUGAUAAGGACUACAUCAGCAGUCACCCAGAAGACACAGAGAGGAUCACACAUCUGAAGGAUUUGAUGCAGGAACAGGUGCACAUUCUUGGAGUGGGGCUGGCUGUUCAUGAGAAGCUGGUGCAUCCAGAAAUGCGCCCCCUGCACAAAAAGCUUGUAGACCAGUUUCACAUGAUGAGGACAGGUUUACAUCAUGGUGUGCCCGGCGUGGACCGAUUCGGCCCUGCAGGCUGCCAAGGGGUCAAUUCUCCCAGAGGCAUCCUCUCCUCCCACAGCCACAUGAGCCCUGAGAGUGUCCGCCUCAUACACAGACACAGCCCUCUGAAUCUCCAGAGUUCAAUUCGUCACUCGUCCUCCUCCCUGUCCUCACACACAUCGAGUGAGGCGGGAAACCUCGUCAUAAUGACAGACGGCCUGAUGGGGGAGCACCCGGAGGAGGCAUUACACAUGCAGGUAAGGCUUGAAAUAACAAACACACUCAGACAUGAAUGUAUUUUUGUUAUUUUUACAAUAUAUUUUGUUUUGCAGCCUAGCCCUUCCUCCUCCAGCCUGAGCUCAAUUCGCUCCAACUCUUCCCAGAUUAUUAACUCUGCUCCCUCAAGUGCCAGAGGCUCUCCAUCCUUGCCUGAUAAGGCCAAACACAACCGGGAAGUGAUGAUACUGUUGCCGUCUCAUCGUGAGAGGGUCAACAACUCCAUGUACUACAACAUGGCAGAGAACGGACAGAACAACCACAUGCAGCGUGCCUUACUUCAGCAAAUUAGCCCCUGUAAGCCGUGUGCUGAUCCUCACAUGAAUCUACCAGAGAAAGGACAUUUCCUGAUGCACUGUGAUGCGUUUCACCACCAGAACAGCGACCCUCCCCCUGCCCUGCCUGUCCGUUCCCUUCGAAAGUCUCCUCUCCACCCGAUCCCUGGCUCCCCCACCAGUCCUCAGUCAGCUUUGGGUGGCAGUAACUCCACUCUGUCAGGCAGCGCCAGCAGCGGUGUUUCCUCUCUGAGUGAGAGUAACUUUGGAGGCCAGUAUCCAGACCCUGGCCCCAUCAGGAGCGAUGCAUUGGAGCCCCUUCCCAGCCACCUGUGGUCUCCCCCUGAUGAAUACCUGGCCUCUCCCUACCUGCACAUCCACUACGGCGGACCAGAGAUCGAAUCCGUGGACCAGGUCCGGCCCUUCCACUAUCGCAGCCCCGCCUCACACCCGCACAACCACCCACAUCCUCACGCACACCCUGGACUUGACAGCCACUCCCACGGGCCGCCGCUUCACCAUCACGCUCCCAUUCACGGCCCCCACCACAUCCCUUACCGCAGGCCUCAGCCUCCAGCCGUGCCGCCUAAACCCUAUCUGAGAGAGGGCUGCAUCCCUGAAGAGGAGCUGCAACCUCAGCCCAUCCCGCUGCCCCGCAGGAUCUUCCACUCCCCUCACGGCCACCGGGAGGACCAGGGGAAACACCCCUGGGAGCAGUGCAUCAGCGAGGAGCACGAGGAGACCCAGUGA